AUGGUUGAGCGAUCAAACUCACGUUAUCUCGGAAUAGUAAUCACCCGAAAAUCGAUAAUUUUCUUGUUAAUAUCAACCCUAUCCAUCCUCUCUUGGUUCUUAAUCUUUUCUUCCACAAACCCUAACCGAGUUCUCGAUUACAUCUCAGUCCCGGAAUCCACUGAUUUCCCUCUCAUCAUCAUCAAGAACUCAAACAAUCUUCCCCAAGAAAACAACGCCGAAUCGCCAAAUCCCGAAAAUAAAGAAGAUGAAAACAGAGGAGGAACAAAAACAGAGGAACCCCUUAGUGAAAGCAGAGAAGCUGAGAACAGAGGAGGAGUAAAAACAGAGGACUCAAUAAGUGAAAACAGAGGAAGAACAGAAACAGAGGAAGCCGUUAGUGAGAACAAAGAAGAUGAAAACAGAGGAGGAGAAACAGAGGAACCCAUUACAGUUGAAACCCUCCGACGAAUCGAGAAGAUUUCUGCUUCUCCAACGCCAUUGAAGGUGUACAUGUAUGAUAUGAGUCCAGAGUUUCAUUUUGGGUUAUUGGGUUGGAAACCUGAGAGAGGCGACGUCGUUUGGCCUGAUAUUAGAAUCGAUGUUCCUCACCAUCCAGGUGGGCUUAACCUGCAGCACAGUGUUGAGUAUUGGUUAACAUUGGAUCUAUUGUUCUCUGAGCUUCCACAAGAUUCUAGAAGCUCUCGCGCCGCAAUGCGUGUAAAGAACUCGAGUGAAGCUGAUGUUGUGUUCGUGCCAUUCUUCUCUUCGUUGAGCUAUAACCGAUUCUCUAAGGUUACCCAAAAGCAGAAGAAGAGCCAAGACAGAGAGUUGCAGGAAAAUUUGGUGAAAUUCGUGACAUUUCAAAAGGAGUGGAAGAUAUCAGGAGGCAAGGAUCAUGUGAUAAUGGCGCAUCAUCCGAAUAGUAUGUCGACGGCGAGGCAUAAGUUAUAUCCGGCGAUGUUUGUGGUCGCUGACUUUGGUAGAUACUCGCCAAAUGUCGCCAAUGUCGUUAAAGACAUCGUGGCUCCAUACAAACACUUAGUUCCAUCGUACGUUAAUGACACAUCCGGCUUUGAUGGUCGUCCAAUCUUGCUUUACUUUCAAGGCGCCAUCUACCGUAAAGCCGGUGGAUUCGUGAGACAAGAGCUAUAUUACCUUCUAAAAGAAGAAAAAGACGUUCACUUCUCUUUCGGUAGCGUUCGAAAUCACGGCAUAACCAAUGCUGGAGAAGGAAUGAGAUCGUCAAAGUUUUGUCUCAACAUCGCCGGGGAUACUCCGUCGUCGAACCGGCUCUUCGACGCUAUAGCUAGUCAUUGUAUUCCCGUGAUCAUAAGCGACGACAUUGAGUUACCAUACGAGGAUGUUCUUAACUACAAUGAGUUCUGUCUCUUUGUCCGAUCAUCAGACGCUUUAAAGAAAGGGUUUUUGAUGGAUCUUGUGAGAAGUAUUGGGAGAGAAGAGUGGAAUAAGAUGUGGAUGCGGUUGAAGGAGGUUGAGAAGUAUUUCGAUUUGCGUUUUCCGGCGAAAGAUGACGAUGGAGAUUAUGGAGUUCAGAUGAUUUGGAGAGCUAUUGCGAGGAAAGCUCCUUUGGUGAAAAUGAAGGUUCAUAGGUUUCAGAGGUUUACAAGGCCUUUUCUUGGUUUAAGCAAAGAUUAA